UUACCUGUCGCUUCGGCACGGUACGGUAUCUUGCACAUUCAGUCAUUCUAAGCCCAACUUUUUGCACAAAAAAGUUAAAUUACCAUGUAAUUGAAUUGUAAAUGCUCAAGGCACAAUAAUUAUAUAAAACAAAGUUAUCACUCACUGUCUAACAUUGUACAUUUUUCUGUUUACGUCCAUUGUACAUUUAUGUCCAUGAUAUUGGGAUACACUCUAAAAAAUUGACGAAAUAGGUACACCACUUGGAAUUCAAUAAUAAAUAAUAUACUUUACUAAAAACUGAACGCUGAUUUCAGGGAAGUUGUUAGUUUUCUCGAACAUGCAGUUGUUUUUAAAAUAUAUUGAAUAUUGGGCUGUAGCAUGAUUACGCUGUGCCAUGGACUUGAAUAUCCAUUCAGGAAAGGACUACAUUGCAACCAAGUUUUUCAUGCGUGUUGCUAGGUAACGAGUGUUUUUCAAAGCCAAACAUUGAAAGCAACGAUGAUCGUCUUAGUCGUGACUCACGUGUUAUUUUUGAUCUUUGUCAAAGUGGAAUCUUAUGACGUCAUUUCAUCUCUGUCACCCAAAAAUUGUAAUGAUUCUUCUUACUUUGAUUCACUCUCGCAUAAAUGCAAGAGUUGCGGGAUCUUUCAAACUGCUUCUCGUGACCAUUUGAGCUGUAAAUGUGACAUUGGCCGUUACCCCGAAUACAGUGAAAAGACGAAAUCAAUUGAGUGCGUUUCAUGCGUACAAUCAUUUCAGUCGGAUACGUGUUUAAAAGACAAUCUCACCUGCGAAUUGUAUGACAUAAAAGUCUUGCAAGUUACUGGAAAUUCUACCAUUGCAAGAUGUCUCAGAUGUCCAUUAUGGCAACAGCCUGACGCUGGUAGAUCAUCGUGUGUACCUUGUUCUGACAUGUGCCAUUGUCCUGAUGACUAUGAAGACGUCAAUGGAACAUGCGUCAAGGAUUAUUUUGCAUUUCCCGAUACGCCAAGCAUCUCUACCUUCAAUUUGGAUGGACGUACGUACAUAUCUAAUUAUUUGCGAGAGUGGGUUCGGCCGGCUGCUGCGAAGUGCAAGGCCGAAGGCGGGGGAAAACAUUGUGAGCAUUUGACCAAUAUCUGCGUUCUAACGGAUUACAACUAUGAUUCGCAGUCAGCGUGCGCUUUCUAUCGACAGUUAUCUACUGGCUUUAGCCACUCCAUCUACUACGACGAUAGUCAAGGCGAUUACCUAUUAAAUUCAGCAAGAAUAAAUAUACUCAAAGAUCAAACGAUGGAGUUUGUGGUGAAGCAAUACGGGUUGGAUGGUACCUAUCAACUCAUUCAGCCUCUCCGUUCGGUUUUUACAUCAUUGUGCUGCACAGGCAUUUGGAAACCAAUUCAAAGAAACGGCAAUAUUUAUAAAAGCUGCUCGCUUCAUCUCAAAACUGCAAGCGUAGCAGAUAUGCGUUUUUAUGAACUAUAUUUUGUUGAUCAAGCGGUUAAUCAGUCAAGGUUGAUAAACGUUCCAGUGAAAGUGCUAAAUUUUCUCCGUGGCGGGGUUCAACGUAAUAGGGAAAAUGAUAUUUCUCGUUGGCAACUCACCAAGAGGUUCUUCAACUUUGAUGUCGCGAUUGGUAGUAACCAAGAAGGGAACAUCGAUUUCAUCCGUUAUCUAUCUUCCUUUACUAUUAGAUUCUCUGUGGUACAAGGCGAAAAAUCACUCGGCUUACGCUCACUUUAUGCAACAAUAAACUAUGAAACUGUGGGCAACCUUGAAAAUCGAAAACCACCUUUGGUUUAUUUUGCGGUAAAAAAUGUCGUCAGCAUGGACGAAGCUAUGAAAUCUCUAGAGGUUGCGCUGAGUGUGCUCAGCUCCUUUGGGGCUCUUUACGCGUUAAUAAGGAUUGUUGUAUGGUACAUACGUUCCGACAAGGCAACAAUUGAUCUUUUGACUCUGAUCCGUUUGUUAUUCUACGGAGCAGACAUUUUGGGGAAUGUAAUUCUAAUAGUGGUGUUUUUCUUUACCUUCUACUGGUUUAUAACCUUCCGGCAACAAGAGGAAGUGGCAAUAAGCCUUCCUUCAGCACAAGAAGAACAAUUCAUCAAAGAUCUCGUUAUCAGUGCUUUCACUUUAAAAGCUAUCAGUGUACUAUGGAUGAUCGGUGAGCAGUGUACCGUCGAUAUCUUUUUGAUCGAUUGGGAGAGUCCAAAACCAACGAAAACUGAGGUUGUUAGCGUUUGGAGGAUGUUCUUCGUAGCCAACGAAUGGAACGAACUCCAAGUGGCGCGUAAGAGUUCCACGUCUCUCCAGGUUAUCCUAGUUCUAUUGGCUCUCAAGGUUUUUCAGUUUGAGCGCUUUGCUUUAGAAAUCCCAUCUACAUACUUUGUGAUGGAAUCGUUGUUAAAUUACAGUACAGUAUUACGUCUGGCACUUGGAUUGUUCACCUAUCUUAUCGUCGUCCUGAUGCAAAAUGUCUUGAAUGCUGUCAUCUUCGAGCGUUAUUUCGAGAAUAAAGUACAGCGGUUUACUGAUGUCUGCACACUUUCAAAUAUUUCCGUUUGGGUCCGAGUACAUACUCGCUACGGCUUCUACGUUCACGGAAGAUCACCGCACGGUUUUGCCGACAUAGAUAUGCCAACUAUGUGUCAACAGUUGCAGCGUGAAGAAGAAAAUUUAUGUGCCCAACGCGGUCUUGUCCAAGGACAAGACAUUCAAACAUUUUCCAUUUUUUUCCACCAUGCUCUUUUGGACAAAUGGCGGAAACUUCACACCAGUCAGCCUAGCGGUACCUACCCUACCUUUGACGCGCGAAACCAGUUUCUAACAUCUUUCCUAGACCACGCUAUAAGAGACGUUGACUACGAAGUGCGUGAUAGGCAUUUUUUAGAAACCAUACUCGAUAUGGAAAUGUGGUGGAAUAUGACGUUUAACGAGCGUACUGUAUUUUACAACGAUGGAAAAAAUUGUUUUGAUUCGGUGUUGUUCUACGGCAAUGAAACAACUUUGGUGAUUUUCGAACUUGCUCUUUUCGCCUUGGUAGACAUUUUUUGUCAUUGCUACCUCACUGCCGCUGUUACCGUAUUUAUAGUCUAUAAGGCACUUCAAUUUCUCCGGUAUCGUUUUGGAAGGCAGAACUUAGCGAAGAAAACCAUGAUCGAUCCACGUUUCUUAUUUUAAUAUUUAUAAAAUAUUCUUCUUUUUUUUUCUUUUGCGCCUUGUUAGUUGGCUCUCGCUGGAUUCUUUUCAAAACAAAAA